AAAUUUUUUUUGAAUAAUAAAAACUCGUUAUUUUUACUCCUUUUUACUUUAUGUAAUUAUCUAAAUUUUUUUUAAAUAGAUAAGAACAAUGACAAAAGAAAAAGAUAAGAACAAAACACUCUAAUUUUUUCGUUCUUAAAAUAAGAACUAGAUUAAGGGAAACAGUUGACCAAUAUUGACUCUAUAUAAAGGUGGUUUGCUCAUUGGAUGUUUCAAUAUCCAUAAUUAAUCUGCAAUCACAAAAAUGAAAAAUCUCUCUACUUUGCUCACGAUAGCUCUCCUCCUUUGCGCCGCCAUGCAAAUGUGUACCUCCCGCCCUGAACCGGCCUACUUCGCCUCCUUCACAACCUCUCUAGCGGAAACACUUAGUCUGGAAAUGAUAGAAUCAAAACUACAUGAUGUGGUGGGAGAGAGCUGCGAUAAAGAAGACGACGAAGAUUGCUUGGUGAAAAGAGCAUUGACCGCUCAUCUUGAUUACAUCUAUACACAGAAGAAAAAUAACCCUUAGCUCUAUAUGUUAAGUAUUCCAACUGUUGUGAAUUACAAAUUAUUCUCACAUGUUACACAGGUGUAUAUAGGAUAAUUGAUUAAUUCAAUUUAUUCUUGUAACGGAAAGUGUCAAAUUAUUCGCACAUAUUAUUUGUAUAUAUUACAAACACAAUAUAAAUGGCAUAAUUCGUUUAAUUUA